AUGGCGUUCUACCCAGACAUCUUGGUGACGGGGUCUUCGGGGCAUCUCGGCCAUGCCCUUAUGCUCUCCCUCGCGAAAUAUGGGUACACUGCACUGGGCAUCGACAUCCUCGCCUCGUCCACACCCAACACCCUCGUCGGCUCCAUCACAGACGAAACCUUUGUCAAUGGUGUCUUCACCACGUAUCCCUCAAUCCGGCAUAUCAUUCACACUGCAACCCUGCACAAGCCGCAUGUCACUACUCACACUAAGGCCACUUUCAUCCAGACCAACAUCACCGGCACCCUCACACUCUUGGAAGCUGCCGUAGCCGCACGGGAUAGGAAUCAUGACCAAGACGGUAACAGCAGCAGCGGUCAUACUAUGACUUUCAUUUUUCUCAGCACGACGUCCGCCUUUGGCACGGCUCUCAGCCCCAAGCCAGGCCAGCCCGCGGCGUGGAUCGACGAGGAUGUCGUCCCGCAGCCCAAGAACAUUUACGGCGUGACAAAAGUGGCCGCUGAGGACGUCUGCAGGCUAGUGCAUCUGCAGACAGGCCUGCCGGUGGUGGUGCUGAGGACGAGCCGGUUCUUCCCCGAGGAAGAUGACGAUGCAGAACGCAGCAGCGCCAUGGGGGCAGACAAUCUCAAGGUGUGCGAGCUGGCGUACCGCAGGGUCGACAUCGCGGAUGUGGUUGGUGCGUGCGUGGCCGCAGUGAGAAAGGCUGCCGCGGGCGAGGUGGGCUGGGGGAAGUAUAUCAUCAGCGCCCCCACACCGCUGACCAGAGAGGCAGAGACGCUGGCGCUGCUGAAUGCCGGAGAUGGGCCGGACAGCGUGGGAGAGGUUCUGGAGAGGGCUGUCCCGGGAUGCAAGAACGUCUUCCAAACCCAGAACUGGACGUUCCUAGGGAGAGUAGACAGGGUGUAUGAUUCUUCGAAGGCUGUGAGGGAACUGGGCUGGGUGCCAACGUAUACCUUUCAGAGGGCAGUGGAGGUACUGGCUAGGGGUGACGAGUGGAAGAGUGAGUUGAUGAGUAGGGUUGGGAGAAGAGGGUAUCACGAUAGGCCUACUGGGGUCUACACGGCUUGA